AUGAGGGGAGAGAUCAUUCAUCUUCACGUCGGCCAGGCCGGUGUUCAGCUCGGUAACGCAGCUUGGGAGCUCUACUGUCUUGAGCACGGCCUCGGCCAUGACGGUCGCAUAGAUCCCAACGCCAAGGAUAUCGAUGAUCCUGGCUCCUACGAUACCUUCUUCACCGAAACCGCCGGCGGCAAGCAUGUGCCUCGAUCUCUCUUUGUCGACUUGGAUCCGUCUCCCAUCGACGAGAUUCGCACGGGCGACUAUCGCCAGCUGUUCCACCCAGAGAUGCUGAUCAGCGGAAAGGAGGAUGCGGCGAACAACUAUGCCCGUGGUCACUAUACUGUCGGAAAGGAGAUGAUUGAUACUGUCAUGGAUAGGAUCCGUCGUGUUACUGACAACUGUCACUCGCUCCAGGGAUUCCUCAUGUUCCACUCGUUUGGAGGCGGCACUGGAUCCGGCUUUGGUGCCCUGAUGCUCGAGCGCCUUGCCGCCGAGUAUGGCAAGAAGACAAAGCUUGAGUUUGCUGUCUACCCUGCUCCUCAGACAUCCUCUUCCGUCGUGGAACCUUACAACGCAGUCCUGUCCACCCAUAGCACCAUCGAGAACUCCGACUGCACUUUUCUAGUGGACAACGAGGCAGUCUAUGACAUUUGCCGGAGAAACCUCGACAUCUCCCGCCCUUCGUUUGACCAUCUCAAUCGUCUCAUUGCUCAAGUUGUCAGCUCUAUUACUUCGUCUCUGCGAUUUGACGGCGCUCUCAAUGUCGACUUGAACGAGUUCCAGACCAACCUUGUUCCUUUCCCACGUAUCCACUACCCUUUGAUUAGCUACGCCCCUGUUGUUUCUGCAAAGAAGAGCUCUCAUGAGAGCUUCAAGAUUCAGGAGCUGACCUUCCAGUGUUUCGAGCCCAACAACCAGAUGGUCGUCUGCAACCCCCAGAAUGGCAAAUACAUGGCCGUUGCUCUGCUGUACCGCGGUGACGUGGUGACGCGAGACUGUACCGUUGCAGUCGCCGCCAUCAAGGCCAAGUCCACUUUCCACAUGGUCGACUGGUGCCCUACGGGCUUCAAGGUCGGAAUCACCUACCAGAAGCCCAUGAGUGUUCCCGCUUCGGAGGGCGGCCUUGCUCCCGUCAAACGUUCCGUUUCUAUGCUCUCCAACACCACCGCCAUCGCCGAGGCUUGGUCAAGACUGGACUACAACUUCGAUCUGAUGCAUAACAAGCGUGCUUUUGUGCACUGGUAUGUCGGUGAGGGCAUGGAAGAGGGCGAGUUUUCCGAAGCUCGAGAGGACCUUGCUGCCCUGGAGAGGGACUACGAAGAGGUUGCCGCCGACUCCUUUGACGGUGAUGAUACCGCCAUGGAAUACUAG